AGCGUAACCCCUAUGCUCCGACUUCUCGCCUCGAGCUCCAGAACGUCUGCGCGCUCGACGGUGACAUCGUCAAAAACUGGCGCGCGGCCUUCAGCUUCGAGUUCGAAUUUCACCGCCGGUGGCAGUCGGUCUCGGAGCACAUAUACCCGCCGUGUACUGCGGCGCCCUGACGAACUCACUCGUGCAAAGAUACAAGUCGAGGCUGUAUCUGGCGAACUUCCGUCUACGCCUUCCGGAUCCCCGACCGGCUUCGGGGGGUCUGGAGGCGGAGCAGCCAACGGCGCUCGUGACGCUGUGUUGACGACUAUCUUUGGCGUUAUAGUCUUGUUCACAGGCGGUGUCGUGUACAUGUCUUGGUACAAGGAGAACGUCCUUUGGAAGAUCGAGAAAGCCUUCGCAGCAGGAUAUGACCCGGCACUCGAACUCGCGAAAAACGCCAUCAAGAGGCCCAAUGAGGCGGUAGCGGUAGUCGCAGGCGAAGAGCUCGAAUGGGACCUCGAGGGGCCGUGGACGCAGCACCUGCGGCGCUCAGAGCAAGACCUCAUCGACCGCAUCAUCAAGGGUCAAGAAGUCGGGCACUACUUCAUCUUGCUCGGACCUAAGGGUACGGGGAAGACGACGAUGAUCCUCGACGCGAUGCAGGCGGUGCAGGCCGAGGGCGUCGCGAUGUGCGACGCGCAUCCCGACCUCGAAGUCUUCCGCCUGCGCCUCGGCAAGGCGUUGAACUAUGAGUACAACGAGGACACGCAGACGGGCCUCUUCCAGCGGAGGGAUCCGCGCGAAGGUGGACCGGCGUUGGACAUCGAGCGGGCGUUGAACAAGCUCGAGAAGGUGGCUCUGAGGCACGCGAAGACGGCCGGCAAGCCGCUCAUCCUCAUUCUCAACAACGUCCACUACUUCAACCACGAUGAUGACGGCCGCAACAUGUUGCUGCAGUUCCAGCAACGGGCUGAGGGGUGGGCAGCCAGUGGGAUCCUGACAAUGGUGUUCAGCUCGGAUGACUCGUGGCCAUUCUUCGUCAUGCGUAAGAACGCUAGCAGGAUGCAUGUCGUCUCCGUGUAUGACCUGUCCGCCCAAGACGCACAGACCGCGGCACGCCGCAUGCGCAUGAAUGCGCGCCAGCAGAAGGAGUCGCCGGAAGUGCUCACCGAGAUGGUGAAGAUCGUCGGCGGCCGUCUCACGUACCUCGGCAAGGCAACGAAGGCGCCGAACAUGGUCGAGUACGCGAAGCACAUGCUCGCGGUCGAGAAGGCGUGGCUGCUGAGCCAGAUCGGGCUGAUCCCGGACUGCGACGACGACGUGAUGGACGAGCAGAAGUGGAGCUCGUGUUCGUGGCUCCUUCUGCGCGAGUUUGUGCACCGGCACGAGAAGGAAGUCGAGCGAAUCCGGGAGGCGGUCGAGCGUGGUGAGGCAAAAGCCGAGGAGCUGGAAGGGAUCCCGCUGCCUCGCAUCCCCUACUACGAAUGCCGGCAGAUCAUGACGCGGCCGGACUUCAUGGAUGACCUGGACCGCAAGAACAUAAUCGCGAUUGACAUCAACCACGAUGUUACGCCCGACUCCUGGCUCAUCCUUCACGCCGCCGAGGAGGUGGUGGGUGAAGAAGGGUUCGACGACCUGCUCGAUAGCGUCCGGGGCAGAGUAGACGAGAUUGAAAGUCUCCACCGCACUCGGGAGCUCACCUUUAAAGAUGUCGACGCAGGCGAUCGCAUCCGGCUCACAGUCGACAAAGGCGGCGCACGCGUGGUAUAGUAUAGCACCGCACGCACAUCACAUUCCUUCCUCGUUCCAUGUUUUAGCACCACGCCCACACGCACACGCACAAUGUUCUUUCGCCC